AGCUUGAACCUCGCGAUUUUGAGAAUGAAGUACUAACACACCAAUUGGCAAAGAACAGAAAAGCGCAGACGCAUCGCAUUGGACAGGGACCUCGCAGACGGCGCCGGCGCCCGCAGACAGAACCUCACCAGCCGUCACCAUGGUGCCCCUCCCGCUGUUCAAGCUCGCAUCUCUCUUUGUGCGGCAUGUCUCCAAGUAUGGCGCAAAUCGCAUCAAGGCGCAGGCUCAUGACCACCCGCGAUUUCGCGCGCUCGCAGCCAAGUAUGGCCAGGCUAUCCACCAGCUCAACAUGAAGAUGUCUGUCGCCCUACUGAGAGAUCCCGAGGCCGAGAGACGAGCCAAAGAAAUCGCCGAAGCUCCCACGGUCAAGACAGAGCAACAGCUCAAAAAAGAAGAAGAAGCCAAGCAGAAGGCCAAGCAGAAGAACGAACCCGAGCCGGCUAGCUACCCCAAGUUCACGCUUCAAAACGUAUGGCGGCGAAAAUUCCGACCAUUGCCGGAGGCCAAGGCUGUAGAUUUGUUCGCUGAUGUCGCUGGCGAUACCUUUAUUCUCGGCGUGGCGGGAGCAUUGAUUAUAUACGAGUACUGGAAAUCGUCGCAAAAGCCCGACGCCAACAAAGAGCGUUUCGAGGAGCUCAACAGGAGGUUUGAAGAACUUCAGAAGAAAGAGGAGGAACUAGCAGAUGCCGAGGAGAGACAGCGGCAACGAUUCGAAUCCCUCGAAGAGGCUUUAAGAGCGUUGAAGGACCCGAAGACGAAGCAGCCAUUAUUACCAUCACUGCAACCGAGCAACUAGGCAAUAUCAGUUUUGGCUGCUUAGCUGAUGCGGGCUCCGCGGCCACCAAAAUGAUGGAGCAUGAUGCCCAAUAUUUGAGCAUCUCGAGCUCCUUAAAUACCACAUCUUGAUGCAUAUCGCAAAGGUUCAUUCACAGUGAAGAGAAUUCCAAAGUCUCACAAUGAACUGGAUGCUUCUUGGUUAGGCUGGGCUAGAUAUCCUCAGACGGCUCAACACUCCACUCAUUACUGCAAAGCGUUCAUAUUUUUUUUUUCUUUUAUUAGUUUACACAUCACAUCAAAAAUGGAUCAGCGGGCAAAUGAUAAAAGAGAAAGGAUACAGGGAACAGAGAAGAAUUGGGGAAUAGGACUUGGAUAAAGGCUUAUACGAGAAGGAGUGAAAUGGAGCGCAAAGGCUCCUUCCUGACUCGCCGCUUUGGAGGUGGGUGCAGAUUUUCGGUACAUACAACACAGAGAAGCUUUAUAUAGACAAAAAUUCAUACAUUAUCAACCACAAC